CAAAAAUGGAUUCAAGCAGUUCGACGAAACAAGAUUGCUCAUUAUUACAAUUGAACUUAAGUUAUGCUAUGGUACCGUACUGGAGGAACUACCGAUAUACCUUGGGAUAUCUUUCGCCCGACUUUGUUUUCUAGGAUCAUUGUGUGGAAUUGUAGUGGCUAUAAACAGUUAUAAAUACUUGAGCGAUUUGAUGGACAUCCUAUUCUCUCAGGUGCAAAAAUCAGAAGAAAAUUCUAAACAAUAUCGGAAGCAAGAAGAACGUUUACUGUAUAUAUUUAAUUUUUUAUACUUCAAUCUGUUUACAUUAGCCUUGAUUUUACAUUUUGGAGAAGGAAAAAACAGAAUACCAAUUCUUAGGUAUGCAUGUAAAUAUUAUAAAUCAAUAUACUACGUCAUUUGGUUUAUUCAUUUCUUUUGGUUUUCUAUUGGUGCGUUUGCUGCUGAAAUUGUUUGUGAAGCCAGUUUUCUGGCAUUAGUAAACCCGUUAUUCCAGAUUGAGUUACUUACAAAUGGCAUGAAGAACAACACAUUACUAAACGCAGGAAGACAUGUAAAAUUGACAAAAUUAAUACAGAAUGAAAAUUACCAAAAAAUGGUUUCUAAAGAACUAAAAUGUAUUUAUAUUUAUCAUUUGAAGCUCUUAAGAUAUAUUAAAAAGUUUAAUGGUUGUCCACAUGUAAGAAUUAUGGGCUCUCUUAUCAUGUAUUCUGGAAUGGCAGUGAUUCCUCUGGUGAUGUUAUGUACUUUGGCUUUUCACAGCAUCGAAGGAUACAUAUCAGGAGUUUUAUUAAUUAUUGUUAUCUUAAUCAAUACAAUCAUUUUAUUUAAUGCUGGACAAUUUUUGGAAGAUCAGUUUAAAAAUAUCCACCACUGUCUGCUUUACAUGCCAUGGCACGUUUGGAAUAUUGAAAAUCUCAAAACAUAUCUCUUAUUUUUAACCCAAACACACAAGCCUGUACAUACGUUAAUCUCUUUUAAUAUUAAGGUUAACAGGGAAGCAGGAUUAAACUAUGUCAAGAUAAUCUAUAUCAUUAUGAUGUUCAUAUACCAAACAAAUUUAAUACAAAAGUUUUAACAGAAUUUUAGUAAAAAUAUAAUAAAUUAAUGUGUGUACUUAAGUCCUAUAUGUGCAAUCGUGCUAAAAGCUAAAACCUCUUCUAAAACCUGCAUGUUCUCGUGGUUGUGCAUCGUCUAGCGUGUUUUGUAUUGUUGUUUAUUAUUUUUGUGAUUAUCUUGCAUUUUGCUGGUAGUAGGCUUAUUGAUCUAUAGUUUCUGAUGUCUUCUUUGCUGUCUUUCUUAUGAAGUAAAAUU